CUGUAGACUUGGACUUUAGUAGUUUAGAAAUGUUUAUAUUAAACCAGAAUUAAGAUUUUGACAACUAUUUUAAUUUUAGACACACUAUGUUUCUGUCCUGGACUGAUGCUUUAAAUACACAUAUUACAUAUACAUGGUCAAAAGAAACUGUAAAUUAGUUGUAGUCCAUAUUCUUAAUGCCAGACACGGGCUUGUGAGUAAGUAAUUGUAUGUUACUGGAGAAGGAAAUAAACCCACUGACAUGCAAGAACACUGUUAGGAAUAAUUGAGGUAACUGAACUACCUUGACCUGCACAGAAAUAAAAAUAUUAGUAAGUGGUAUACAGUACAUAGGUCAAGGUAUGCAUUUGUCUCCAAGCCUGUAAAAUAAAUACUGUAGUUCUGUUUAUCAAAGUAAAGGUAAUUCCCUUUUUUGUUUUAUUUUCUGUAACAUGUAAAACUUUAAGAAACCACAUAUUCAUCUUGAUUUUAUUUAACUGAAUGCACAGCAAAAUAAUAUAGGUCAACUCAAGACCCAUGCAAGACUCUUUUUUUUUUUUGCUGAUUUACUGGUCGUCCAAUAUGGCAGCUGAGGGUUGUGUCUGUGGUUGUGUCUUACACCCAGAGGGUGGUUGGUUGAAUUACCGUCAGUGGCUCAUGUGACUCCCUGGUAGCCUUGCUGUCAGCAGUUUUACUAUUUACCAUUAAGUGAGUGUUAGCACUGUCUUCAAGCUACCGAUACACCAGCUAGAGCUACCUAUAUACCUGUGUCCCGUUACAAUGAGGAAAUCUAUUGUACCAUUCUGUAGAAUGUGGACGUCCGUCUGUGAAGGUAGUUGCAGCCUUCUAACCUAGCGUAAGUUGACUUUUAUUUUGUGUUUCCGGCCGCUCCUGCGCUGCCUGUGUGGGACUUGACGCAGACACUGCUGCAGGCGUGCUAUUUGCGGCAGCGGAGAGACCUCCUCGAAAUGCCUUUUGUAUGUUCCGGUGUUUUUUUCCUUUCUGCUUUUGUUUUGUCGUUUGUGCGAGGCUCGGAUCCCAGCGUUUGUAGCCAUGCUGUGCGGAUGCGGAUGUGGCGGGCUGUCCUAGCUGACUGAGCCGCUCCAGCAGCGGUGGGUCCGGUGCAGCGCACAGCCGGGGAUGAGGCCUACUCGUUAAAGCUCCCCCACCACCCCUCCAUCGUGAUGGCUGAUGAUCAACAACAACCUGGUCAGAAGCCUGCCGUGGGAUUAGGCUCCCUACCAGCGCUGGUACCCGGACUGCAGGGGCCCGAGGCCAACGCGUUACAGUUCAAAAUCAAGAAUUCUAUUUGCAAAUCCGUACAAUCAAAAGUGGACAGUAUAUUGCAAGAUGUUGAGAAGUUUACAGACAUCGAAAAACUCUACCUCUACCUUAAGUUGCCUUCUGGUCCCAGCAGUGGCAAUGAUAAAAGGACUGAGAAUGAGAGGAGUUCCUCCACUCCUGGAUUAUGUGAUCAGAGUUCCAUGUCAUCAAGUCGCACUCAACAGAUGCAUGCAUUCAACUGGAUACGGAAUCACCUAGAGGAGCAUCCAGAGACUUCCCUCCCAAAGCAAGAGGUUUAUGAUGAGUACAAGAGCUAUUGUGACAAUCUCGGCUACAAUCCACUGAGCGCCGCAGACUUUGGAAAAAUCAUGAAGAAUGUCUUUCCCAACAUGAAAGCACGUCGGCUGGGCAUGAGAGGAAAAUCCAAAUACUGUUACAGUGGGUUGAGGAAGAAAGCUUUUGUUCACAUGCCAUCCUUACCAAACCUGGAUCUGCAGAAAUCUGGUGAUGGGUGUGAGCUGAUGGAGCCCACGGGCCAGUCGCCGAGUGCUGAAGAUGAAAUGAGGUCUGCGGCCUGUGGGCUGGUGUGUGAGUGGGCGCAGAAGGUUCUGAGUCGUCAGUUUGACAACGUGGAGGACCUGGCCCGCUUCUUGCUCAAUAGCCAUUACAUUGGUACCAAGUCUGUGGCAGCCCUCACUGUUAUGACUGGAACACCCACAGGAAUGAAGACACCGACUCCUUCUGCGUUUGUUCCGACGGCUGAGGCCAACACUUUCCAGCCGCAGGUGAAGACCCUGCCCUCUCCUUCUGUCGAUGCAAAGCAGCAACUGCAGCGCAAGAUCCAGAAGAAGCAACAGGAGCAGAAGCUCCACUCACCCCUGCCCAGUGAAACCCAGGUCAAGAGAGCAGAGGCCAGUACGCCUGGUCCCACCAUCCCUAGUGGUAGUCCAGCACUGCUGUCCCCUCAACCAACCAUUGGAAUCGUAGUAGCAGCCGUCCCCAGUCCAGUAACAGUGCAGAGAAGCAGGCAGUUGAUGACCUCACCCAGCCCUGUGGGGACAGCAGAGGGAAAGGUGAUGAACUUCCAAGUGGUCACUCAGUCUCUUAAACAGUCUCCCAAAACUCCUCAGAAUAUUUCAGCUAGUCCCGUGGGUGACCGACUGGCACGGCACAGUACCCGUUACGCUCAGAUCCUGCCCAAGCCCUCUGCUUCUAGUGCCAUCACACUGCGCUCACAACAAACCCUGCUCAUCACCAACAGCCCCAUAAAAACUGUGAUGCCCACUUCUCACGUGAGCUCAGUCAAUGUGGUGAAGAUGACGGCAAUCGCACUGGCCCCCAGCAGCAGCAGUAACAACAGCACCACUACUGUGCGCCCAGCGUCGACAGGUGUGACCACCAUGGCUGCUUCAGAUGAUUCCCAACAAUUCCAAGGGAUGCAUUCAGCUCCUCCUCAGUCUCCUGCAGUCAAGACCAGUGCUCCAUCUUCCACUCUGACUUUCUCCACUGAUAUUAAAGUAGUGUCGGAUGCUGGGAAAGACAAUAACAGUACUGUGUCGAACACAGAAAGAUCUGCUGCUGAGGUCAAAGAGGAGAGAGUUGCCAAGUUCAGGGCUGCCAGUGAGCCAAACUUCCUGGUGAAGUGUUCUCUGGGACCAGAUAAAGGAUUUAGAGUGAAAAAUGAAGUCACAUCUUCCUCUUCACUGGUGGCUGUAGCUGGGACUCAGGACAGCAAUAACAGUAACUGUAAUGACAGUACUUUAUACUUGACUGUUGAUAAUCAGAACGCCAGUAGUAACUCGACAUCUAAUGGGUCUUCUGCUGUUGCCACUGUAUCAAAGGAUCUUUGCCUCGAUGGUAAGAGCCCCAGAAAGCGUACAGGCCCGGGCGGGGAGUCCCACGUGAUUCCUGUGAAGAGGGUGUUCAUCUCCCAGCAGCCACUGGCUGUAGUUGACAAUCUAAAACCUGGUCUUAAUGCUGCAGUCAAAAGGAUUCCCCGACUAGGAACGCCUGCCAGACCAGAGAGUGCCCCCUGCAAAGUGACUGUGAAACACACACCCAUAGGGCCCACGCAGAUCCUUGCACUCUCCGAUUCACCCAUCACACUCACUAAGGGCUCACAGACUGUUGUCAAACCCAAGCCCUUGGUGGCAAAGCGUGAAGACCAUUCUCUUAGCACUGACACCAGCACUGCAGCCACUGAGAACAACCCAUCUGAUCAGGUGUUGCUACAGCAGAUCACUGGGGACCCUCGUGCCAUACCAGCCAACUCAGGAGCACAUGAACCCUCUGUGAUGAGUGACAUAAAGAGCACAAUAUGGGAGGAGGGACAGCUUGAUGAGCUUCGAAAGCAGACUUUUGCUCAGCAGAUACCAGCAGACCACAAACAAGCCCCCACUGACCAACUUUCAAUUAUAGCUCAAACCCCUGAGACCUCAGGCCAGCUUUCCCUCACACAGGAGAUGGUAGACUUUGCAGGUUCUCAGCCCAGCAUGGACUACUUCCAUUUUAAUGACGAUGACAUGACCCAGGACAGCAUUGUGGAAGAGCUUGUCCAAAUGGAGGAGCAAAUGAAGCUGAAGGGUUUGUUUAGUAGCUGUGUUGACGUGUCUCUACAAGGCCAGUCCGCCAACAACCAAGGCUCUAUCCUGAAUGCCCACCAGGCCAGCACUACUUUCUACCACUCUGCGCACAGUAGUACCACUCCUGUCCAGACUCCCACUCCAACACCGACCCCAACACCAACGCCCACGCCCACGUCUGAAAUGAUACCCAGGCACAACCUGACAAGAGAGAGCCCCUGCUCUCGCAUGGCUCCCAUCACCCCUGUGGAUGGAGCCAUGGGUCGCCACACCCCCAUCAGCACGCCUCUGUCCAACAGCAGCAGUGUCCCACCAAGCCCAGUGGAGUGCAGGAACCCGUUUGCUUUCACUCCCAUCAACUCCAGUAUCACAGGUUAUCAUGAUGCCAGUAUUGUCUCCAGUAGCCCUGUUAAGCCCAUGCAGAGACCCAUGGCUACGCACCCUGACAAGGCCAAGCUCGAGUGGAUCAACAACCGCUACAACAGCAACCCUGGAACCCCGCUCUCCAACCAUAGCAUUGGUAUAUUGCCAAGUUACCAGGACUUGGUUGAUGACCAGUUCCGUAAGCCUCAUGCUUUUGCAAUCCCCAGCCAGUCAUUUCAGGCACAGGCGAGACAAGACGCUGCUCAGUUUGGACGCUUGACUCCCAUUUCUCCCGUGCAGCAACAGCAGCAACAACAAACACCACAGCAACAGCAGUCACCCCAGCAGCAGCAACAGCAGCAACAACAAACCCCACAGCAACAGCAGCCCCCUCACCAGCAGCAGCAGCAGCAGCUGGCAACAGGUGUAACUACAGGUGUAACUACUCCCACCAAACAGGAAAGCUUUGCUGUGCCAGCACCGUUAGACAAUAAAGCAUCAACCCCCUCCGCAUCCGGAACUUUCCGUUGCCGCAGCGUUAGCCCUGCAGUGCGCCAGAGAAACUUUAGUGGCAAUUCAGGCACCCAGACAACCACCACAAAUACUACCGCCACCGCUCGUGCUGUGAUUUCUCCCUUUAACUCCCCCAUCACCUCCGAGGUGCUCAGUAUCCUGUCCAACACGCAGACAGUCAACACUGUCCACAGCAUGGCCCAGCGUAGUCAGUCUGUUCCUCUGAACAUCAUGAUGCAGAGUGAGAUGCUGCCUGUGCAGGGGCAGAGCAACACGACUAAAAUCACCAAUGUACUUCUCAGCAAAAUGGAAGCUGACGGGGAUGAUUCUGUCCGUGGGCUGGGCAUUAACAACCUCCCUGCUAACUAUACAGCCCGUAUGAACCUCACACAGAUUCUGGAGACGACCGCUGGCUUCACUGGAGGAACUGCUCACCAAACUUCCCUGCCUGUUGGUUCUAGCCCUGCUGCUUUUGAGCUCCAGCAGCACGGCUUCCUGACAACUGCCAGUGGAGAACAGGUGAGUUUCACUACCGCGGACAGCCAAGCACAAGCUGGUCCUAGUGAGCAGGACCAGCCACAGCAGCUCCAGGAGAAUCAAACACAACCCCAGCUCCUCCUUCAGAGCACACAACAGCAGGAGGUUGAGGAUGAGCAACAACAGCUGGAUUUCAACAACACUGUUAAGGACCUGUUGGGUGACGAUGGUCUGAACCCCAGUUCCCAGUUGGUGGGUCAGGUGGCUUCAGAGUUAAACGCCGUGGCGUCUGACUUCUCAAAUGACAUCAGACUGACCUCAGAUCUGUCCAGUAGCAUCACUGAUCUUAACACAUUGGACACCAACCUGCUGUUUGACCCAAAUCAACAGCAGGAACAAUAUGAAGAUUCUACACUGGAAGAAUUGAAGAAUGACCCACUUUUCCAGCAGAUCUGCGGUGAAACUGUGAACUCUGGUUUCGACUGGCUAGAAAGCAAAGACCAGCCGACCACAGUGGAGAUGCUGGGCUAAUGUUAUCUUUUACUCUGUUUGAUUUCUGUUGUCUGUUUGGUGCAUACAUAUUAUAUCUGUUCUUAAAAGUAUAGUUUGUCAGGAUUUGUCUGGACUUUGCCAUUCGUUCUGUUUGAAGUGCCCGGCUUACCAGAAAAUCUCUCCUACUGAGGUUCACUUACUCCUCUCCCUGUUUUUCAUCACUCAGUCACUGUAUAACCACGUAUCUUCAUGAAUUCAGAAAUGUAAUUCAUUGACUCAAAAGUCUGCGUACUCGGUGGCAGCAUGCACUUACAAGAGCCGACAAUUGUAGAAAGAGCAUACCGAGAAGCGUCAUCUUCCAACAAAACAAUAAUGCAAUAUUUGUAUUUAUUCAAAAUGUCACAAAAUGAGGGACAGGGAAUUUGGCACAAAAGGCAUGAGCUGUUGUCUACUAUUUUCACCAAAUAGAGGCAUGAUAGGGAUUGUAGUAUAUAAACAUACUAGUUGUAGUGCAUUUGCCUGUCAUAUCUCACUGUAAAAAUAGGCGGCAUUUCAAUGCGGCCAGGUGCUGAAUUAUGACAUAAUAUUUAUACCUUAAUACAUACCAAAUUGGUGAGAAACUGAUUCACACAUGAGCAUUGUCAAAAAGUGAUUUUCUUUUUUUUGCCUAAAAGCUACUUCUUGUGCUGUUUAAUAUCAUACAAAGGGAGUAAAUGAAUCAGUAGGGAGACAAUGGGAAUUUAGGCCUCUGUGGACGUAACAUUGAAUGGAAUCAACAACUGGCUGCCUUAUUCCAAGUCCAAGGCCUAAUUCUAUCCUAAAGAGACUGUAUAUAGUUUAAUCUUAAGAUGUCUUCAGAACCAUCCAGAGCUUCAUCAUAUCAAGGCAGCUGUUACUGUGAGUUUUUCAGUACUCUUUCUUAUUCUGUUCUUGUUUUGCAGUUAUAUUAUAAACACAUAUUGCAUAUUCGAAUGACUACACCCUGUGUUUUCCAUCAUCGAUGGAUUUAAAGGAAUUUCUUCUACUGUUGUGACACAUAAUAGAUUUUUAUUGGCAUGUUUUUCUCCCGUCUUGGACAGGGAUGUGAGUGGUAUGGAAAAGGCUAAGUAACAAAAAAAAGCUAAAGGCUGAUGUGGUUGUCUUUUUGAUGUCAUUUUGAGAUCAAGUAGAUGUGAGAUAGUCUUUGUGGAGAUCUAGCCUUAUGUCCAUGCCAAAGAUUUGUCUGAUUAACAUACAAAAUUAUCACACUCCUGGGAAACGUUGAGAAGAGCUGAAAAAAAAGAAAAUUGUGUCUGAGAGAUAUUGCAUUUUACAAAAAAAAAAAGAAUAAGUUGCAUUAACCUUAAUGUACAGUGUGUAAAUUUGGGAAAUGGUCACAGUCCUAUGUUUCAUAGGUAACGAUGGACCCGAAAGCAUGUUGAAACCAUCAUUGCUAGCCAGGUAGGCUAUGUGAUACAGUAGGAUGCUUGCUUAAGUUUUUGGCUAUUGUCAAUGUUGUAUAAGUCAUGUUUAAGCUCCAUUUGUAAAUAGAUUAGAUACAUAGAGAUGUGAUGUAUCAGGACACUAUAUUAUGGCCAUUAUCCUAGCUAAGUAUGUGCCAUUUAAAAGAAUAACAGGCUUAACAGAUCUAUAGUCGGCAAAAGAUACUGUAUGUUGUGUGUUACAUUUCUGGAUCAAUGUCGUAAGAGUAAUGCUGUCUGGUCUCGCUUGCUAAUUUUUAUUUUCAGUUCAGAGAUAUUAGGUCUCUGCAGUUGCAGAAGUUAUGUGGUUUGAGCAAGAUCGAUAGCAUGGUUUAAAAAAAAAAGUUGUGAUACUGUUCAGCUGGUUGCAAACAUCUUUGUGACAGACAUUGUGCUCAAAGCGUCAGCAGACACUGGAGAAAAAAACAUAUGUGUUUCAACAAACUAUGGAGGUUCACAUAAUUGCACUAAAUUUUUAUGACACAUCUUUAUGGACAAAUGUAAUAUUGAUGAAUGCCCCUUGUUUAAAAAAAGGCAAGAUGAGAAUGGAAAUUAAGUGAAUUGUCAGAAAAUGACCAAUUGUCUUGUAGCAAAAUGUGCAUUAAUCUCAGUGAGAUACACAUUUCUUACUCAUUCUCAUACAGGAGAAUAUAAAGCAUCGGGGCGGGGGGGUCAAUAACCUUUGAAAACCUACAUGCUCAUUAUGUUAAAAACUGAUUGUACGCACGCAUGUGUGAUGACUUUUGUUGUACUUUGUAUUCUUGGUAACCACUGUCUUCUGUAAUUUGGGCAGGUUCUGUUAAACCAGACUGGCAGUGCUAGUUGUAUGAGUUACAUUACAAUGUUGUUGCUGUUUACUAAGUUAAUGUUGUUCCGUAUGUUUUUGUUGAUGGUUGUUUUAUGUUGAUUUUACAUUUUCUUAUUUUGUUAAAUGCAUUUUAUGAAAAAAAAAACUCUCUCUUUUUUUUAUCAAUGAGGCACUGAUUUUUCAAUAUAAAUGAAGGAACUGCACCUCUUAAUGUGCCCAGGAGCUCCAUCAAGUGGUGGCAGAUUCUACACCUUUGACUGACAUGGAACCAACUUUGUUUGAUUAUAUUGUCCAUUUCUACCAGUUAAAAAAAGACCCUUCUCUGUGGUGUUGUCUGGUGUACUGCUUAAUGUACAGUAGCUUGUUAAUAUUGCAAACUUGUUGUUUCUUUUUUCAAUGGAAAGUACUCACUGGUGAGAUUUUUAAAGUGGUUUUAAAAGCCAAUAAACUUUUUUAAAGAA